AGUUUAUCCCGAGCUUGCAUAAAGCUUCCUGUGCUCCUGUUGAAAGAAACAUAUUUUGAAACAUUCAUGGCUUGACGGUACAAAACGAUAGAAGAAGUAAACACACAGCAGCCCAAGAUGAACUACGUACCAGGGACGGCCAGCCUCAUUGACGACAUCGACAAGAAGCACCUGGUGCUGCUCCGAGAUGGCAGGACGCUGAUCGGUUACCUCAGAAGCAUUGAUCAGUUUGCCAAUUUAGUUUUUCACCAGACAGUUGAGCGCAUCCACGUGGGGAAAAAGUUUGGUGACAUCCCCAGAGGAAUAUUCAUUGUGAGAGGAGAAAAUGUGGUGCUGCUCGGAGAGAUAGAUGUGGAGAAGCCCUGCGACACGGUGCUGCAGCAGGUCUCCAUUGAAGAGAUUCUGGAGGAGCAGCGGUUGCAGCAGCAAACCAAACAGGAGACGGAGAAAGUCAAAAUGCAGGUCCUGAAGGACCGAGGCCUUUCCAUACCCAAAGCCGAUAAUUUGGACGAAUAUUAACACCGCCUUGUUUCCACGAGCCUCUUUCUCAGUUUGUAUUGGACUGAUCACAUUUAUGUUGAAUUUGAGAGAACACAAGAGUUUGUUUUUUUUUUUUUUUCUUAAUGGGGCAGAGAGCAGCAUCAUUCUGGGUCUCUCUAUUGUAGUGUACUGUAUCAGUUUCAUUUGAAUUAUCUGGCGGGGGAGAUGUGAUAGGCUGGUUGUUCUCAGUUUUACAUUUCAUGGUGACAAAGUGAAGAGAAAAAACAACAUGGGUUUAUCUAAAAUCACUAUGUUGGCAAUUUAGCAAUCAUUCUACAGCAGCACUUUGAAUUCUGUAACGUGGUGAACUUUUUUUUUUGUUUGUGAAUCGGUUAUUGACAAAAAAAAAAAAAAACACUUUCUUUGCUCCAUUAAAGAGUUUAGUUUUUCAUUAUGGAAA